GUCACCAUAUUUUCGCAGACACUGUAGAGACAAGAUGUGGAUUUCGCGAAAAAUAUGGACUGGGAACAACUUGAGAUCAACCCAAGAAUUAUAACAGCCGUGAAGAGAGCCAGCAUUAAAUCUGCGCGGGAGAUUCUGAGUCUUUCGGGUCCGGACCUUCAGCGCUUCACCCGCCUGUCCAGGUCUGAUGUGUUUCAUCUGCAGGCUGCUGUGGCCGCGGCUCACCGCAGUCACCCACCAGUCACCGCCCUGCAGCUUUUCCGUGGGGAGUUUCCCAGGCUGGAGUCUGGCAGAAGAUUGAGUCUGGCCUGUCCUGUCCUGGAUGUCAUACUGAGAGGGGGGCUUCCGCUGAGCGGCAUUACAGAGCUGGCAGGGCAGGGUGGAGUGGGGAAAAGCCAAGUGGCCCUCCAGCUUUGCCUGUCCGUCCAGUACCCAGAACAAUAUGGAGGGCUCAACUCUGGUGCUGUUUAUAUCUGUACUGAAGACCCCUUUCCCAUCAGGCGUCUGCAGCAGCUGAUUGGUCAGCAAGGUUGUCUGAGGCCUGAGGUUCCACAGGAUUUUUUCCACAGUCUUCGCUUCAGUGACAACAUCUACGUAGAACACGCUGCUGACCUGGGGGCGCUCAUGGCCUGUGUGACACAGCGCGUGCCCAUCCUGUUGGCGCGGGGCUUAGUGAGGCUGCUGGUUGUGGACUCGGUGGCAGCUCUAUUUCGCAGUGAGUUCCUGGCUGAUGAGGCUGUGGAGAGAUCACGCCACCUACUGGCCUUCUCCGCUACACUCCAGCACCUGAGUGAACAAUACAACACGCCUGUCUUCUGUAUCAACCAGGUUACUGAUGCUCUAGAAGGUUCAGCUGUGGCUCAGGGCAGUUUGGGCCUGGAAAAUCCCAAAGUUCUUCCUGCCCUGGGAUUGGCCUGGGCCAAUCAGGUGAUGGUCCGCCUGAUGAUGGUGCAUCUCCAGGGAACUGUUGCCAUGGGUGACCAGACCAGCACCCCUCGGAGGCUUGAGGUGGUGUUUGCUCCUCAUCUGGCCAGAGCCAGCUGUGUAUGUGGGGUGUGGAAGGAGGGGGUGCGAGGGCUGCCAGACACACAAGAUAGCUAGGUUAUGAUCCAAGUCACAAGCGGUAACCUAGUAGUUGUUCUUGUUUAUCAGGCAGAUAUACGCUCAUCUCAACCACAGGGGACAAGAACAAACCAACCUUUUCUCUGGAAGCCAGUCACCCAUGCUUAGCAGUCACCACUCAGCAGCUGGACCAGAUCCCUGAGCCUGUGUGGGGAGAAGGCAACACAGUGUCACUCCAUUUGUUUAACUCGGCAAACCUGGAGGAUUAAAACUGGCAUGACAUAGAGGUCUGGGAUGUGGUUGUUUUUGUGAGGUGCAGCAUAAAGAUGCUUAGCUUGAAUCUAGAUAGGAGAAAUCCAAAGGAUUUUAAAAUCUAUGUCAAACUAAAUGUUGAAGAUAUGUAUAAAAAUAAAAAAAAGAUAUUUCACCUCUAGAAUUAAAGAUGUUCCA